GAGCCGGGGGCGCGCGAGCCGGGGGCGCGCGCGGCGAGGGCUUCGCGGCGAGGGCUUCGCGGCUCAGCCCGGCUCCCCGCCCGCCAGCCCGAGCCUCUGCGACUCCGGGCCGGAAUCCCGCCCGCCAGCCGGCUGGCCCCCUCGCAGGGGACGUGCUGCCGACACGGGCCUGCGACCAGGAGGACGCGCAGCCAUGGGCCGCCUGGCCGGGAGUGCGGCGGCGCUGCUGCUGGGGCUGCUCGUGGAGUGCACAGAGGCCAAAAAGCAUUGCUGGUAUUUUGAAGGACUCUAUCCAACCUAUUAUAUAUGCCGCCCUUACGAGGACUGCUGUGGCUCCAGGUGCUGUGUGCGGGCCCUCUCCAUACAGAGGCUGUGGUAUUUUUGGUUCCUUCUGAUGAUGGGCGUUCUCUUCUGCUGCGGUGCCGGCUUCUUCAUCCGGAGGCGCAUGCAACCCCCGCCGCUGAUCGAGGAGCCGGCAUUCAACGUGUCCUACACCAGGCAGCCCCCGGACCCCGCUCCAGGAGCCCAGCAACUGGGGCUGCCGUUUUACACCGACCCUGGAGGACCAGGGAUGAAUCCUGCUGGGAACCCUAUGGCGAUGGCUUUCCAGGUCCAACCCAACUCACCCCAGGGAAGCAUGGCCUACCCACCGCCCCCUUCCUACUGCAACACGCCACCGCCCCCAUAUGAACAGGUGGUGAAGGCCAAGUAGCCGGGAGCUGCCUGGCACCUGCCUGUGCAACUGGCCGGGGAGGCCAGGAGAGGCUGUCACUCGCCCUCCCUGUCUCCAUCACCGUUCACUUCCAGGAAUGGUCUUCUGAGCCACUAAGGGCAAACUCCUUUUUGAUAUCUUCAAAGCAAGCACAGCUUCCUUUCAAGUUUUCCUUGGAGGACCAGGAUUUGAAUUCACCCCGUGUCUCCUCUGUUGCUUCUGUUUCCAAUGUAAUCUGUCCUCUGGCCGAGUGGAGAGUCCCGAGGGUUGACCCCCUAGGGUGGUGCGCCCAGACCCUCAGGGGAGAGACCCCGGCGGAAGGUGAGGCAGGGCGCGUGCAGGUGAGUACGCGUGAACACGAGGAGGGGCCCGGGCCGCCCGGAAGGCCCUGCACACGGCAGGCGGCCCGUCUGAAACGAGGCACCACCACAGGGCCAGCUCUGUGAGCUCCUUGCCCGUCAGUCUUCCUCUUCAAAAGGCUCUCAGAGAAACAGGCGUUGGCGGCGCAGCCUUGGAGCCCUCUCUUCUCCAUCCCCUUCCUGAAGACCAGAGCUGCCCUCUGCGCAGCCAGGGCUGGGAGAGCCCUGGGCACAGCCUGCACCUCAAGGAGAUGAGGAUCCAGAAUCAGGCCAAGUUGAUGUCUAUAGUUAUCUGAAAGUCACUAAGCAAAGUUAUUUAAAUUCAUGGGAAAUUGCCCCCUGCCUCAAACCGGACAUUGCAUUUGAUGAGCUCUUGGUCCGACUUGGGGAAAAAAAUGUUCGAGCCCUUUUCAGUGUGUCCUGUGGAAGGUGGUGUGGAGUCCUGUCCUAAGGUCAGACGCAGAGUCCUUCCUGGACGUCGGCAGCUCUCUGGCCUGCAAUCACGGCCAGGCGCCUCUGCCCCUCCCCUGAGGUAGCUCUGACAGCGCGUUGUGAGGGACACUUUCAAAGCAGAGAGGCACAUCGGCUGGGAAGCCACAUCAGCCCCUGGAGAGAUGUGUCCCAGCAGGGCGCCCCUGGAGAGAGGUGUCCCAGCAGGGCGCCCCUGGAGAGAGGUGUCCCAGCAGGGCGCAGUUGGUGGCUUGAGCCUGGGCUGGGCAGGCCUGGGCCCUGGCUGACUGAUCUCGGCAGGUGUACGCCGGGCUCCGAAGACGAGGAGCUUGCCAAGAAAAAGACGGGAACGCAAAGCCCCAGGACUGCAGAGAGAGCUCUUCAAAAAGGACCGAAUAGAUUUCACUGAGGAGUUCAUCAAAAUUAGAAUAUAGAAGAUCUGGUUGGGAACGCAAACCCUGGCUCAGAAACCUCUCUGGCCCUGGGAUCACAGGUAGUGCUGGGUUGUUAGGGGGCCGGGGUCCUGCUCCUCUCCUCUGCGUGGUGAGUAACGCCCACGAUCGUGUAUUUAAACCCAGAGUGAGACCUGACAGGUCACGUACAGGAAGGGCAAAGCCGCGUAGCCAAGACAGGUAGAUCCCUGUAUGUGUAGCAGUGGGCUGGGGGUGGAGUGCUUAUUUUUGAAAUGAACUAAACAGAGCCUCUUGAGGAGUUGUCACUCGUUGAACCUGAGCAUCAGGGCAUCUCACCGGAGUGGAUGCUGAGGGUUUUCGUUCCCUAGCCCUAGUCUCCGUGUCCCUGCUCUACCGGGACACGUCUGUGGCGUAGGGGUGAGGAAUCAGGAUGGGGCCACAGUGACUUACCUUUUCUAAGGAUGGGGAAUCUGGGAGCCUCCCCGGGAAUUCCACAGGACGCUCUUGGAGCCAGAUGAACACCUUGGAAACAGUCUGUGAACACGGAUGCUGCUGCCGGUGUCUUUGACCACCGAGUGUGACCUCUGAACUCCUGUGCCCAACUUCAGUACCUCCCCGCACUCAAGUCCUUGAUUCGAACGAGACAACAAAGUGCAGCAUUUGCUGUUGACAACCCAGGACAACUACAUGGGUCCAAAAGGCCCUCUUCCUCCAGGUCAUUCGUUUUGCAUUUUCAGGUCCAGUCUCUCCCUUUACUGUUCUGAUGAGGAAGCGCCCCGCGAGCUGCCCCUGGAGUUGGAUUGGGUGCAGCUGAGUAGCCACCCAAAUGUCCGUGACGAAAUUUUGUUUAUCUUUUUGAUAGCAAAUGAUCUUGAGACUGAAUGAUUUAGGUAGCACUCAACAAUUUUAUAUUCAUGUUUGUGUGAGAUAAAUUUUGUUUUCCCUUGAACCAGGGUGAGAACCCACUACUGUGGGCACUGACACUGUGUGGAAAUUCCACUCGCAGUGACACCUCCUGCCCAUUCUGUUUCCCUCCGUGCUGUCAGUGGGCAGUGCCCACCGCUUGGAGCCAGUCCAGCUCCCGGUGUGUGAAAUUCCAUAGAGUUCCGUAGAGUGUGUGGCCAGGAGUGAGCUGGGAGCAGAUCGGUGCAUGCUUUUCCUCUUGUAACACUUGGCUCUUUUCUCUUUUUUGUUCUUUUGAUAGGGUCAUGUUUCCUAUGUAUGCAAAAUAAAAAUAAAUUUGGGUGUG